AUGUCACUGGAUAACAGCGUGGACGAGGAGUACGGUUCCAGCUUCGGUGAGACCGAACCGAUGGGAACGUUCAAAAGGAUAAAGUUGGAAAGUGACGUCGACAGCCAUAACGGAAGCUUUGGUGAGCUGCUGAGCAGCAUCAAAGGCGGAUUGGACAUGCGCAUUCGCAGUGAAGAGCGAAACGAGACGGACUAUGCUGACGGCAGCGCCGUUUUCGCCUCGGGAGGACUAGAUCGACUUUCAGGAGGUGGCAUUUUCGGUGGCAGUGGCAGUGGCCUAAAUAACAACAACAACAACGACACUUUCAACAACAAUAACAACAACAACAACAAUUCAGUUAAAUCAAAGCCAACCGAUGUUGAUGAGGUGAAAUUUGGCGAGUUUAGCAAAUUUUUGGCCGAUAGCGAGAAGGAUGAGAACAUGGCCACAGUAUUAGAGCUGCUGCACGAAAACUAUGGCCUGAUUCAACGGUAUGCUUCCGGCUACGAUUGUAACAGCGAAAAGUGCCAGUACGAGAACCUGCACGAGCACUUCCACUGCUACGAUACGUUCUGCCGGGGGAAGGUCCUGUACAAAAAGUACGAAAUUAUCCGCCAUCUCAAGUGGCACAAGAAACGGAAGGAGUCCCUCAAGUAUGGAUUUUAUCGGUUCUCGUCGUCGGACGACUGCAGCAUCCAGUAUGGCCACUGUCAGCAUAACCACAAGCAUACGCAUUACCACUGUGUGCACGACAACUGUGAUAAGGUGUACAUCAGUACCAGCGACGUGCAGAUGCAUGCCAAUUACCACCGGAAGCACGAGGCGAUCGUCAAGAAUGGAUUUCAACGGUUUCGAGCCACCGAGGAGUGCAAUACGGACCACUGUGUUUUUCGAGGACAGAAAACGACACAUUUCCACUGUCGACGUGAGAAUUGCAAGUACACCUUUAAGAAUAAGGCUGACAUGGAAAAGCACAAAACCUAUCACAUGAAAGAUGAAAUGCUGCUGAGAGAUGGAUACAAAAAGUUCCUUAAAUCGGAGGAUUGCACCUACAAGAACUGUCGCUUUUCCCGAGUGUGUAACCACAUACAUUGUAUGCACGAAAAUUGUCAUUACGUGCUGCACUCCAGCGGUCAGUUGCUAAGCCACAAACGCAAACACGAACGCAUGGACACCGAAGUGGAUUACCGUCGUUUUCAGAUGGCACGGAAUUUACUAAGUAAAUUCAACGCCUUCCGUUCGGAGGACGGAUCUGCCGCAGCAAAAGAGGAAGAAGAAACCGCGACUUCUCCGCUUUCCGCUGAGACUGUCGUUAGGAAUCCCGUUUUAGACCUACUGGCCGUCAUGUCCGAACUCACUUUUAGAGCCCUUCCGCUGCAAAUGAUGCUUCACAUGAGAAUGCAGAUGCUGCAGAACAUGAGUUACGAGCAAAUGUUGGCACCGGAUAAUGUUGAUGGGUUGAAAAGAAUAUCGGAGAGUGGAUUUGGAGACGAAUAUGUAAGACAACUUUAUAGAUUCAAUGAAAGUAUGCUCAAUUUGAAUGAUAGGACUGCAGCGGAAAGUAGUUCAAUAUCUGGAAUACCCAGAAUUUUUGAUAACCCGAAUGAACAAUUGUCCUUAAAGCGAAAAUUGGACACAGAUGGACCUGCAGACCUACCGACGAGCACUUGUCGAAGUAAGGAAUCAACUUCAACCCUCAAUAAAACGAGACUUCUAUCCAAUCCAUCGGUAGACUAUCGUCUGCUCAAAAAGGAGGACUCCACAUUGGGAGAGUCUUCUGCAGAAUCAAAUACCUCCCAAUUGGACCGUCAAAAAGGUUUAUUAGAGAGUGCAAAUUUUCUUCAAUUUACAUCAAGCAAAACGCUGUUCAAUCGGAAGCGGGGUCGUCCUCGAAAAAAUCAUGUCAUGGAAGUUUACAACAAUGUUCAGGACUCUCCACAAGCAAUAUUCACCAGUUUCAAGCUGGAGAAAAAUGACUCAAAACAGCCGGCCGAGCAGCAACCCAAGGAAUCAAUCGAGCUAAGAAAAGACUUGCACUUGCAUAAAAGUGACGAGGAGGACCAUACUUCCAGAAAGCGUACAGCUGCUGCGAGUCCUUCGAAAUCAUUUUUUCCCACCAGCAGUUGGGAACAGGGACCAACGUCGUUGUUCGGUGCUCCCGACUUCGGCGGAUUCUCGCAGAUUCUCGAAAAGCACAUGCGGGAGAUUAAAACAGAACCAAGUGCCACCGUAACGCACGAACUCGAUCUUUCAACCAAGGAUAAGACUCGAAACCAGCUAAAAUGCGUCAUUUGCAACAACCACUUCGAGACCUUCGCCGCCAUCAAAGAGCACCACUGCUCCGGCAAGGAACCGGAAAAACCACUGUUUGCGUUUCCACCGGGUCUCUCCGCUAUGCAGCAGCAUCAUCAUCAUCAUCAGCAGCAACAGCAAACAGCUCAGCAGGCACUGCGGGGUUUGUAUCCGCUGGAUCCGAUAGACCCCGGUCGGUUGAUGUUUCAACCGGCGCCACUGGUGGUGGCAGGUCUUUCAGCAGCUCAAACGGCAGCUUCCAAGGAGUCCGUUUCGCUGGUAAAAACCACCGGGACAUUCUUUCCGGAUGUGAAUGCGAAUAAAUUAAAGUAUUUUUGA